CAGACAAGAAGUGCAGAAAGACAUCAAGGAGGCGGAGAUUCUGCUCUUUCACUCACUGACCAGCAGCUACCAGGAAUCAUCAUCGGUUUGGUCCUGAAGACCGCCGCCUCACUGGGAGAUCUUUUGCUGAAGCUGAGAUUCUCAUUUUCCAGCCUCAUCUGUGUGAUUUGGGCCGGAGCUCCGUGAGGAUGCGGUGGCCCCUCCUCCUCCUCCUCGUGGUUCUGAUCCAGAUGAACCGGGCUCGCUCUCACAGACAUCCACCAGAAGAGCUCUUUUGUACGAAUGACUUUGUCAACAACGUCAGCUGCGUUUGGACUGGCUCGUGGUCGGGUUUGGGUUCCGACUGCAGGAUUUCUGGACAGAAGUAUUUCUGGAUCUUAAAGACAAAAAAAAAGAACUACCUUGAUGAGGACUGCACAGUGCACCAACAGGAAAACUCUCCUCCGGGCUGCAGUUUUGUUUUUGCACAAACCAAGUUCUCCGGCUCCGAUGUGAUCCCGAACAUCAACAUGACGUGUGACGGCCGACUCAUACAGAACCUCACAGAAUACCGUCCAAGGGAUCACAUUAAAAUGCAUCCUCCAGAGGCUCCCCGCAUCAACAGAACCGUCAACGACACCUGGAUCUCCUGGAAUCUCACGGGUCCCGUCUCCGACUUGUUCAGAUCAGAGUUUGACUUCAUAGUUCAGGUCAAACGGAGCGACCAGUCUUGGGCGGAGUCCAUGAAUUUGUCUUCACAUGAGCAGAACCUAAAAUUACCUGUUUGGGAUCUAAAGGGCCUCCUGGAGAUCAGAGUAAAAGUCAGACCUGUGAACAGAAACAAUAGCCACUGGAGCGACUGGAGCCCAACAACAUCCUGGGAGGGAGAAAUGGACAACAACACUCAACAUGACUGGAUUUCUCUGACGCUGAUAGAAAUCUUUCUUGUUCUCAUAUUUGUUGUUGUUGUUCUGAUUCUUUAUAAGAGCUUCAGGACUUGCAGGCACCUCGAAGAUAAACCAGUACCAAACCCCUCCAAGUUUUUCAAAAACCUCAACGAAGAAGACCUGAAGAAAUGGCUGAAUCCCCUGUCAGCGCCUGAAUCCUUCAUCGUGGCCCCGCCCUGUGAUAUCUCACCUGUAGACGUGUGUGAGAGUGGGGGGGCAGGGGUACCCUCUCCUUCCUCAUCCUACAGCUACACCAACGCUCUGCUCCAUUCCAAGAACCCCUCCUCCUAUGCCUCUGACUCCAGCGGCAUCGUCGACAACUCCUCCUCCUUGUCCAGCUUCUCCAACAUGGGCUACUUUAUGUCCAGCUCCUCCAGUGGCUCUGCUGGAACCAACCCCAACCCGGCCUACUUCCUCUACCACGACCUGCCCGACAAUCACAUCCAUCACCCCUCCUUGUUUGACGAGUUCUCCUCUGGCACUGGCUACGAGAGUCUGAAGAGGGAGCCAGAGAGCCCAGACUCCGGUUUUGGCAUCAUGGAGGACGAUGACAAGGACACCUGUCCAGAACACACGGAUGUUGUGAAUAAUCCAAGUUCACACUUUCUCCUCCUUCCUCUGAAUUUCCCUAUGUGUUCGAUCAUUUCCUCCUCUCCAGCUCCUCCUCCGAGUCCCCCUCCUGGGGCUCAGAUCUCCGACAGUGAGGAGGAGCAUGUGUUUGAAACUGCAGCUGCUGGAAGCACCGCCUCCAUGUGCAGGUCCUCCUCCAUGCCCACAGAACCCUUUAAGAGUGACUACAUGACCCUGAAAGAGCUGCAGGCGACAUUCAGCAACAAAUCUAUCUGAAAACGGACGUUAGUCACAAAGACUUUAAAAACUCUAAACAGCUUGUGGAGCUCAACCUCCUUUUUUCAUGUUUCACGUUCUUCUUUUUAAACAAAAGAAGAAAAACCUGCUUGCUGCAAACUUCAAAGACACGUAACUAACAUAACUGACUUUUACUCAUGGAUCCUUCUUUAAAUUUUCAGGUUUGUCAAACUAAAUCACAAAGCGAAAAUAAAAAAAUGUCCGGCUUAACGAGACACACCAGUGAAAACAAAACUGCACAGGUGAAACUACAAUAGUUAGAACAUCAUUCACAUCUGAAAAGGGUUCCCGAGCCUUUAAAUGGUCUCGCAGUCACACUUUUACACCGUACUAUAAUUGUUUAAUUUUCACCUGCAAGGCAGUUUUGCUCAUUUUAGUGAAACGGGUUAAUUUGACUAAUAAAUCUAAUCUUAUUUAUAAUCUAAAUUAGCUUUAUAAGAAAAGUUCGUUUUAGCGUAGCAUUGCACUUUAAUCAACAUUAGCUAUGUUAGCAAAAAAAAAAGUACAAAUUGGCUUAACUGAUAAAUCAAAUCUCAUUAGAUGUACUAAUGAAGAUAACCAUAACCUAUUUAGUCACAUUUAUGAGUUUAUUAUUGGGUAUUUUUGAAUAAAAAGCCAAUUUUAUUAGAUUAGGUGAACUAAUAAAUGUAAUCUCAUUAGUUUCUGGAAGGAAGUUUCCCUCCUUUUUUCCUUGUGAAGCUUUGUAAAUGUUAGCUUUGUUAAUAAAGUUUUUAACGCUAGCUAAUACCUUUCUUAGAGAAAAGCUCAUUUUACUAAAGAUUAACUUUACUAAUAAGGCAAAUGAAAUAACUUCAUCAACAAAGUUAAACUCAGUAAAGGUUAGCUGUUCUAAUAAAGCUGUAAUGACCUUUUUUUUUUUUUUACUAAUAAAUCAUUAAAAUUACUAAAAUUGAUCUAAGAUUGAAAAGCUAAACAACAGCAACAUAGAAACAAGUUCCUCUAAAGCUUUGGAGAAAUAACAUCACAAGUCCUGUUUUCACUUCAUUAAUUAAAAUUAAAGUUGGUUUUGAACAAUUAGCUUCUUACUUUUGUAGAUUUCGGAACAUUCAAAGUUUUCCAACCAUUCCAGUGUUUUUAAUUGGAGAAGACAUUCAGAUCAGGUCUCUUGUUUUUGGAGAUGAUGUGGUCCUGUUGGCUACAUCAGAGCGUGAGCCAAGCGUGAAGCGGCUUGGAUGAGAAUCAGCUCCCCUAAAUCCAAGACCAUGGCCUUGAGUCAAAAAGGUUUGAGUGCCUUCUCCGGGUCAGGGACGAUGUCAUGCCUUAAGUGGAUGAGUUUAAGUACCUCAGGGUCUUGUUCACGAGUGAGAGAAUGGUGGAGCGUGAGAUCGACAGGUGGAUUGGUGCUGUGUCUGCAGUGAUGCGGGUGUUAUACCGGUCUGUCGUGGUGAAGAGACUGCUGAGCCGGAAGGCGAAGCUCCCGAUUUACCGUCAAUCUACGUUCCUACCCUCACCUAUGGUCACGAGCUUUGGGUAGGGACAUAAAGAACAAAAUUAUAGAUACAAGCGGCUCAAAUUAGUUUUCUCCGCAGUGUGACUGGGCUCUCCCUUGGAGAUAGGGUGAGAAGCCAGGACGGGCUUGGAGUAGAUCCGCUGCUCAUUUACAUCGAGAGGAGCUAGCUGAGGUGGCUCAGUCCUCUGGUUAGGAUGCUCCCUGGAUGCCUCCUUGGUGAGGUUUUCUGAGCACAUCAAACCGAAAGGAGACCUAAAGUAAGACCCACACUGGUUUCCCCUAGCUGGCUGGGAACGCCUUAUGAUUACCGCCUGACGAGCUGGCCCACGUGGCUGGGAAGAGGGAGGUCUGGGUCUCUGCUCAGGCUGCUCCCCUCCAUGACCCAACCUUGGUAAAGCAGAAGAAAACAGAUAAGAUACAUUUUUCUUUAGAAAUCACAUUUUAGGGACCGUGGAAGUUGUAAGAUUACAUGAUUUUGUAUUUUUACAGGCUCUGCUGUGACUAGCCAUUAGCCUGUCAAUCGGAUCAGAACUGAUCUGUUUCUUGAUACGAGGCUAUUCGAAGAGCUAACAGGUAGGAGACUAAUUGUUCAUGAUCUUUCCAAACAACCCGAGAUCUAAACUAUAAAUGUUUUAAUUCUCCUGUCACAGUAAAGGAAGAGUCUGUAUAUUUAUCAGUCUAAAACAACAAAGCUAAUCAACUUUUUUAAUUAAACCGUGCUUGUGGCAACUGAGUUUUCUGUUGCUUAUCAUCUUUAGAAGCAAACACGCAGCAAAAGCACCAAGUAGUUUCAUUUCGCAAUGCAAUUCUUUGCCAAAACACGUAUUUUCUGUACUCUGAUUGUGUAAAUGGUGACAAGAUUUGCACUAUGUUGCUUUAGAGUUGAUCCUGGAGAGACGUGAGCAUGUGAGGGCAGCGUUCUGUGUGGAGUGGAAGUCAGAGAGACAGUUAGGCCUUGCAUGAGUUUAUUUUUAUCCAAAUGGAUAUGAGCAUGGCAGCUGUUUUAUAAUCUACAUACAGGUGUGUGUGUGUGUGCGCGCGUGUGCAUGUGUGCGUGAAUGCAUGCAUGCGUGUGUGUGUUAGCCUCUGCAGAUUAUCAUUCUAUUAAAAAAAUGUUAAAAUAAAUCUGUAACUUGUACAAUUUUUCUGAAUAAAGAAUUAUGUUUCAGCC